CAUCUUUCACCAAUGUUUGAACGUCGUCUCUUUAGUCGUACCACCAACGUGUGAAGGCAGAGAUAGCCAGGCCUUUACUGCGUUUAACACCUGCCACACCGCAGUCAGACGUUUGUUCAUCCAAUGAUUAAUCACAGAAAGUCACAGGAACAAGCACAGAGCGGACGAGCCUUGUUGUUGCGUCAAUGAAACAGAGCGUGUGAAAUUUAAUUAAAAAGGUUUCUGAUGAUGCCUUCACCAGAGCUCUCUGAGCAGAAUCACUUAGUCAGGGGUGCUAAGACCGAAGACUCACCAGACAAUGAGUGAGGGCUUCAAUGGGACAGAGCUUUCUGAAAAGCUGUGGACUGAGGAGGAGAAGUGGCUGCUGGUGGCUGUGCUGGGCAUAGAGAUGCUGGUUGGAGUUGUGGGAAACAGUCUGGUCCUGAUCGUCAAAGUCAUGUGCAGGGGUCAGUUCUGCUGUCAUUACUGGCUUCCAUUCAUCAGUCUCACCAUAUCUGAUUUAGGUUGUUCAUUUCUCAUCACGUCUGGCUCCAUGAUGGCGGCUCUGACAGGUGGACAGAAGUCUCCGUGGUGUGAAGUCGUCAGCCUGCUGAAGUUUGCUUUCAUCUCCUCCUCCAUUGGCAGCAUAGCCAUUCUCAGUGUGCAGCGUCUGAUUGGCCUGCCGUCCACCAGAACAGCUCUUUUUGGUGCCAUGGCAACAGUCUGCUUGACUUCCUGGAUGACAGGGGUGGGGUUUGGGAGCAUCCCAGUCAUCUACGACUGGGUCAGGUAUGAUCCUGCAGAGAUGCUGUGUGCUGUGUUCUGGGAGAGCAGCUACUCGGACACGAUGACCUAUAUCCUCUGUGCUUUCUCCAUCUGCAUCUUCCUGCCUUUCCUCCUCAUGCUUAUCUGCUCUCUAAGGAAUGCUGUAAGCUGCAGCUCCAGCAACAGUCCCAGUGAUGAAGAAUCAGAUCUGUCUGAGGUGGCGCCUCUCUUAGUGGCUUCUUACGUCAUCUGCUACACUCCCUUUUUUAUGUCUGAGCUGAUCCUACUGGGUCGGAAGAACCUGGCUCCGGCCCCUGAUUGGUUGCGGACCCUGUCCUCGGUGAUGUCGUACCUGGACUGCUGUCUGAACCCGUUCAUCUACUGUUACCAUCAGAACUUUCGUGAGGCUGGUCUAGCCCUGUUAUGGACCAGAAAACCAAGGAAACCAGUGUUAGAGCCGGUCCUCACUGCCAUCACCAGAACAGAUUUAGCCUGUUAGACAGAUGAUGCUGAAAUCAGGGAAGAAAUCAACAAAGUUUUCAUGGGCCUCAGAAAAAGAAUGAAUGUACUUACUUUCU